UAUAGCACAUCCAAGCAUAAAAUAGAAUAAAAAUAUUUUCUUGCUGAGAAGCAAAGCUGUGGCAAUAUGGACUUACAUGGGAUGCUAAUGCAGAUUUCACUGAUUGGAGUGAUAAUAUCAACAAUUGUGGCAAUAACUGCAGCAGAAGCAGCUCAAGCCAAGCCUGGCUGUGACUACAUGUGUGGAGAUGUAAAAAUACCAUUUCCAUUUGGCUUGACUGAUGGCUGUUAUCUAAAUAGGAAUUUUCACAUCACUUGUGAGAACAAUGUAACAGCCAAGACAGGUGGUUUAACUGUUAAAAGCAUAUCCAUUGAAGAUCAUGAGUUGCGGGUCUUGAACUUUGUAGCCCGACGCUGCUACAAUAAGACUGGUGGAUUAGUGGACGGCAUUAAAACCUCGUUCAAAACUCCCAGGUAUACCAUUUCCAACACCAAAAAUAAGUUCACAGUUGUUGGGUGUGACACUUAUGCAUACCUUACGGGUACACAAAAAGGAGAAAAUUACUCGAUUGGGUGCAUGUCUCUAUGUAAUAGCCUACUCAAUGUGGUCAAUGGCUCAUGCUCUGGCGUUGGGUGCUGCGAGGUAGAGGUUCCUGAUGGAUUAAAAUAUAUAAAAAUAAAAGUACGCAGCUAUGAUAAUCACAUAGAUGUAUGGGGCUUCAAUCCCUGCGGCUAUGCUUUUGUUGCUGAACAAGGCCAGUUUGAUUUCAACUCUGCUUAUCUCAAAAAUCUUACAUAUAAAAACCUCCCUAUGGUGCUUGAAUGGGCAAUUGGGAAGGAGACAUGUGAAAAAGCAGCUCAAAACAAAACGGCUUUCGCAUGUAAGAGGAAUAGUUACUGCCAAGACCUCGAAACCACGUCAGGGUAUCGUUGCAAGUGUGAGCAAGGUUACCAAGGGAACCCAUACCUCCCUGAUGGUUGCCAAGACAUUAACGAAUGUGAGGAUCCAAAUCUCAAUAGUUGCACAAUAGCAAAAAACUGUGUUAACACCCCAGGGAGUUAUAGUUGUCGUUGCCCCAAGUGGCACCACGGGAGCGGAAGAAAAGAUGGUGAAGGUUGUGAAGCGAAUCUCUUGCUACUGUUUAAGAUUGCUAUUGGUAUUGGCAUAAGCUUUAUUACGAUGCUUGUGGGCAGCACUUGGCUGUACUUGAUAGUCAAGAAAAGAAAACUUAUCAGCCUUAAGGAAAAGUUCUUUAAACAGAAUGGUGGUUUGAUUUUAGAACAACUGAGAAGACAAGAAGGAUCAACCGAAACAACCAAAAUCUUUACCGAAGAAGAGUUACAGAAGGCUACCAACAACUACAAUGAAAGUAGAAUCAUUGGCCAAGGAGGUUUUGGUACAGUUUACAAAGGAGUUUUACCAAAUACCAGGGUUGUUGCUAUCAAAAAGUCCAAAACAAUCGAUCAAAGCCAAAUUCAGCAAUUCAUUAAUGAAGUAUUCGUCCUCUCCCAAAUUAACCAUAGAAAUGUGGUCAAACUCUUGGGUUGUUGUUUGGAGACUCCAGUUCCUUUGCUAGUCUAUGAAUUCAUCACUAAUGAUACACUGUUCAAGCACUUACAUCAUAAAAGUAACACUUCUGUCAUGCUGUGGCAAAUCCGCCUGAAAAUUGCUGCAGAAACAGCCGAAGCACUAGCUUAUCUGCACUCUGAAGCUUCUACACCAAUCAUCCAUAGAGAUGUCAAGUCAACAAACAUACUCUUAGACGAUAAGUACACUGCAAAAGUCUCUGACUUUGGGGCUUCAAAAUUGGUUCCAUUAGAUCAAACUCAACUAGCAACAAUGGUGCAAGGAACUCUUGGAUACUUAGACCCUGAAUACUUACUCACAAGUCAAUUGACCGAGAAAAGUGAUGUUUAUAGUUUUGGGGUGGUUCUUGUGGAGCUACUAACAGGGGAGGAGGCACUUUCAUUCAGUAGGUCUGAACAGGAAAGAAGUGUUGCUAUGCAUUUUCUUUGUUCCUUGAAAGAGGAGAGAUUGUUUGAUGUUCUUGACGAUCACAUAGUUGAAGAAGGAAACAAGGAGCAGCUCAAGGAGGUCGCUGAGCUUGCAAAGUCGUGCCUAAGAGUAAAAGGGGAGGAAAGGCCUACAAUGAAAGACGUUGCAAUGGAAUUAGCGGGAAUUAGAAAGAUGGAGAUGCACCCAUGGGUUGAUGUUGGAGGAACUUUGGAAGAGACGGAAAACUUGCUUGGAGAGACAUCUGGCGCUUACAAACACAGCAGUAGCAGUAAAACUACUGGAUAUGAUAGCAUGAAUAACCAUGAAUUAUUGGCCUUGGGGGAUGGGAGAUAAAUGUGGCAUUAAAAUUAAAAUAUCAGCCCUUGAUGCACUCUUACAUUCAUAAAUUGAAGCUUUAUUUUUGUUUAUUAUUUUACUGUUGCUUUUGAAGUAUCUAUCAACCAGUAGCUUUUAUUGUUGAAUUUCUACAUGUAAUAAAUGACCGAAACUUUUUUGUUUCAUUUUCAACUUCCCACUGGAAAUAUUUUAUCAUGAUUCAUCUUACCGUUA